UACUUUUUUUUUUACUUCGGGAGGAACAGCUGCGAUGUGCGACAUUAAGGAAGAACCGGCAGACUCAGACGAACAUCCGAUCGUAGAAGUGAAGACGGAGCCGUACAACGUUGCACUCUUGGCGGAGCACGACCAGAUGGGACACAGCCUCCACUCAGCAUCCGAAGGCGCAACAGCAAGCACUGGUAUGCCUCAUGUUAAGGAUGAAUUCAAAGACAUUUAUCAUCCAGUGUCUCCAGCGUGCAACUCAUCAAACACACGGUUCAACAUCAGCACAACAACAGUUCGGCCUCCACUCAACAACACCGUUUCUGCCGCGAACGAUGAACACAUCGAUUCCAAACCCAUCGACAUUCCUCCGGACCAGAGAGAGACUCAGGAGGUAUGCGAACCAUCAUCUCUGACCUCUGACCACCAGGGGAACAGGGAGCGCAGGUGCAGCGUUCGUUUGGCUUCGCGCAUUGACACGGGCCGCGUCAACAAAGUCCAAAUAAAAACGUGCAGUGCAAAGAAAUCUACGACGACCCAUCAAGUGUCAGCCCCGCGAGCGCGUGCGGAGCGCCACGUGGUUGAAGGGUUGCACAAGUGCAAGGCAUGUACAUUUGAGUGCUUGUCACAAGCCAGCCUAGAACACCACAUGGUCGUACACGAGUGCAACGCGUCUGAACAGCAUCCCUUUGUGCCUAAGGAUGAGACGGGAGCAAAGAGUCUUGGGCGUGACCCCAGUCCAGAUACAUCCGUCCAGUCCGGGAGUGUCAAGAACCGUACUGACGAAGAGCCACGCAAGAAGCGGCGUCACAAGAAGACACACAAGUGCCAUCUCUGUCCCGCUGAGUUCACCCGCGCGCAUCUCCUGAAGGAUCACAUUCGAACCCACACGGGUGAGAAGCCGUACAAGUGCGGUCUCUGUCCUGCGAGGUUCAGCAAGAGCAGUAGCAGGUGGCGCCACCAGAAGACGCACGCACGUGUCAAGACACACGGGUGCGAUCUCUGCCCCGCGGAGUUCGGCAAGCGCGCAAACAUGCUGCGUCACAGGCAGACGCACACGGGCGAGAAGCCCUACAAGUGCGACCUCUGUCCCGCGGGAUACAGAUACAGCACAGACUUGUCGCGUCACAAGUGGACGCACGCGGUUGCGAAGACGCACAAGUGUUCCCUCUGUCCCUACGAGUUCGCCCGCCCGCACCUCCUGAAGGAUCACAUGCGGACUCAUACCGGCGAGAAGCCAUACAAGUGCGAUCUCUGUCCCGCGAGGUUCAGGCAAAACUCGGGCCUGCACACUCACAAGAAGGGACACGCAGGCGACAAACCGUGCAGGUGCGACCUGUGCCCCGCGGAGUUCAGCCGGCGCCCGAACAUGCUGCGUCACAGGCGGACGCACACGGGCGAGAAGCCGUACAAGUGCGACCUGUGUCCCGCGGAAUACGUCGACAGCACGAACCUGCUGCGGCACAAGCGGACACACACGGGCGAGAAGCCGCACAAGUGUGACCUGUGUCCCGCGGAAUUCAUCAGCGGCGCAAAGCUGCAGCGUCACAAGCGAAUACACACGGGCGAGAGGCCGUACAAGUGUGACCUCUGUCCUGCAGAGUGCAGACAGAAGGCAGACUUGCAGCGUCACAAACUGACACACGCGGCCAAUAGGACGUACAAGUGCAACAUGUGUCCCGCAGAGUACAACUACGUCCUGGGCUUACGGCGUCACAAGUUGACUCACCAACAACAGGGUGUAAAAGUGUGAGCUCUGACGUUCAGAGUACAGACGGACGCAGCGCGAACCUACAGCCUCGGAAAUGCGGGACACACAUGAGGAAUGGCAGUGUCAGUUGGGGUCCGUCGCUUGUCCUCUACGUGGAGACCUGAAGACGCACGUGGUGGUGCAUAGGUAGCUCGUGCUUUACGACACGAAUUGUGAAGGCUGCGUGAACAAUUAAGACAUGCAUGUAGUUUAUCACUGCAGUAAACUUCUUGUCAGUUGCCUCCUUCAAAAGCAUGAACAGAUGCCAGGCGGUAAUGUCAGAUCUUUAAAGCAUGCAUGCAUAAGUAGCCAGAGGUCAAUAAGAGUUAAGGUGGACUCAUGUGAUC